AUGACGAGUUUAAGCGAAAACGACAGGGUGACACCCCCACCUCCACUUCCCAUUGCGGCCGCUCACAACCCGUCAAAUCUACGAAAACUUCGGAAGCCGAUCUACAACAAUGCUAAAACCAAGAAUGCCGAGCGCACUACACAAGCCCAACUCAUCCUCUCCGACUCUAAUGCAGAGAAGAACAUCCUGGCUCAACGGACGGCAGUCUUGCCAUCGGUCCGGGAUCAGCCGGGCCCCAAACUUGAUCUGUGGACAUCAACCAUUGAGGCUCGGGAGAGUUUUAACUUGAACACCCGACGACCGGGCUACUAUCCUCUUUCGGGUUGGACAUAUCUAGGAGGCAUCGAGGACCUAAUGGACGACCUGCGAGAAGGGGUGUUGUUGCCUUAUCCUCCCGUUCCAGACACGACAGCACCCGAGGCUGCCGGCGACGGACUCUCAACCGAACGUGCCUUCAACCGUCAAGCCUCCGUCAGCGUAUCUCCAGAGUGGCAAAAGAUCGACGAUUCGACAGAAGAACCAAGUAGUGAGAUCCAGACGCCAAAGAGGAAGCAACCCGUUAACAGGAUCUGGACGGCCGGCAGUGCCAAGCCCGAUAUGAAGGAGGGUACCCCUAGAGACUCAUUCCCAAUGGCUGCGCUCCUCAUUGAGCCCGCGAUGUCGUUGCCCUCGCUCCUUACCUCGUCCCUUUUGCAUGGGGAUGAGGAUGGGGAUUUAAAUGUCAUGACACCGACGUUCGCACGAAGGGACAGUGCGGCUUCCUGGCUUGGUGACGACGACGGUGUUGAUGAGGGGGAUUGA